AUGGCUUCAUCCAACAACAAGUUCUUGCGAGAGUACAAGCUCGUCGUCGUCGGCGGUGGCGGCGUCGGUAAAUCGUGUUUGACAAUCCAAUUGAUCCAGGCCCAUUUCGUGGACGAGUACGAUCCGACAAUCGAGGACUCGUACCGCAAGCAGUGCGACAUCGAUGAUGAGGUCGCUCUUCUCGACGUUCUCGAUACCGCUGGCCAGGAGGAGUACAGUGCCAUGCGCGAGCAGUACAUGAGGACGGGCGAAGGCUUCCUUUUGGUCUACGACAUCACAUCCCGCCAGAGCUUCGAAGAGAUCACCACCUUCCAGCAGCAGAUCCUGCGUGUCAAAGACAAGGACUACUUCCCCAUGGUUGUUGUCGGUAACAAGUGCGAUCUCGAGGGCGAGCGUGAGGUCUCUAGGCAAGAGGGAGAGACGCUCGCGCGCCAGUUCCAGUGCAAGUUCAUCGAGACGUCCGCCAAGUCGCGCCUCAAUGUCGAAAAGGCUUUCUACGACCUUGUUCGCGAGAUCCGCAGAUUCAACCGCGAGUUGCAGCCCGGAUACGCAGCUGGCAACGGCAGCGGGCCCGCCCCGGCAGCGAAGUUGGACAUGGACGGCAACGAGCAAGAAGCUGGCUGCUGCUCCAAGUGUGUUAUCAUGUAA